AUGCUACAAAAGAACGCAGGAUAGUAUCUUCUCAAGGAAUUGUUGAUCUUUUUGGCUCUCCUUUUAGGUAUUGAUUGUUGAUAAAGUAGGAUUGUAUUAAUCUCAAGGAAUCGAUUCAAUUUUACCAAUCACCUUAAAUUCAAUAAUUAUUUUAAUCUACACAUACUUUAAAUACAAGAAGAGUACUCACAUUAGGUAGAUCUGGAUAAUAAAGAUUGUCUUCAUUCUAAUUCAAAUUUCAAUAAAUAUUGAAAUGUGCUAAUUCUGUAUGAUAAUUGUGCAUUUGAUUGAGGACGAUAUCAUGCAGACAUUCAUUUUGAGCACAGUGUUUCUGAUCAAUCUGAUUUAAGAAUAGGAGAAUAAUUAUGUGACACAAAUCCCUUUCAAUUUAUUAUAUUUCUUUAAUGUUCUAUUUUUGUUUGGCUUUAUGUUUCUGAAGUGGAAAUCAGUCAAAUCCAAAGAAGAAUUAGUAGAUCACACCUUCAAGAUGAAAUCAUUGGAAUGUAUGCAUUUGGUUAUAAUAUGUUAUUUAGUAAAGGAGUCAAUUAAAAAUAGGGAUUUGAUAAGCAAAUCAAAUUAACAAUAAUCAGUCAGCUAAGAGAUUAAUGCUAUAAAAAUGGAAUGCAAUGAUGAUGAAUUAAUUUUAUAGAAUGUGGCUUGGAUUCAAAACUAGUCUGCUUUAGUUUAUAACAAAAAGCUAAACAUAGUUUAUUAGAAUUUAUUUUUAGGGAAAUUGCUUAGACAAUCGAAUUUAGACGAAUAACAAACGCAAUAACAAUCAAAGCCAGACUAUGAAGAGUUGUUCCUUGAUUGUCAGAUUUUGGUUGGGAGUAAAGAGUUGAUGGAAAUCAAUAGCAACAACAAUGAUUAAUCUAUGAAUAGUGAGUAAUCAAAUACAUUAAUAAUUUUAAGUGGUUCCUUUUUGCUAAACAGAGUGAAUGAUUAUCAUAAAUGCCGGAUGAAGUCGAAUCUGACCAUCAGAGAUUUGAGUAUUUUGAUGCAAAACGAGAUCGAUAAGUAGUUUAGUUGGAAUUAAAAAGAGAUGGCGGCCAAGCAUGGUGACGUUGUUUAAAUUGAGAAGCGAUGUGUUCGAUUUUGAGAAUAUCCAAAUCAAGGCUUUUGUGAAUAAGGUCAAUGAAUCCUCCUUUCUAAUCUUCCUUUUCGAACAGUAGCCUCCUCAACAAAAGAAGUAUGACAACACUUAACCGAUCAUCAACAUCUUUUCAACGUUUGUGCAUGAAUCUGUAAGUUAUAUCAAUUGUAUAUUAACUCUAAUUUUGCUCACGCAACAUGAGCAUGAGAACACUCUCAAAAUCUCAUUGAAACAUCAUUAUUAUAUGCCUAUGAGGAUGAUGAGUUUGAGAUACAUUCUAUUUGUUAACAGUAUGAGAGAUUAUAUCUUUUUUAUAUCAAACUAGUUGUUUUUGAGAAUCUCAGCAUUCAAGGUAAACGACUUGAUUGAGGAAUUGUUGCUUAUUUACGAUGAUAACUUAAAAAUCCGAGAUGUGAGUUUGACAACAUCAAUAGACUUGAGUGAUAAUAAUCAGGUGAUAUUCAGUGAUUUAGAUAGGGUAAUAUAAUAUAAUAUGAUUACUAAAUUAGUUAAAAUAAAUCUUAGCAUGUUUAUUGACCUAUUGUUUAAAAUACACCUCUGCAUCACAAUUAAAAUUAGAUAUCAAAAGUUAUACUGUCAGUGGGAUUAUGGUAUCUUUUAAAGACAGCAUGAUAGCCAGAGACGACAAUACAAGAAAAGCCAUAUCUAAUUUGGUUAGACUUCUCAAUUCAACUCUCAAAUUAAAUUCAUUUUAUGAUGUUGAUCUUAACAACCCAUUGGAACUAUAGAUUUGUGUGAUAUUAUGUUGGUAAUUGUCGGGUACAUUUAAAAGAGGUCUAGAAUUUUUGUAUGAUAGUUAGGGAUAUGGCACUUUUACUUUUGUGAUAGAAUCCUAAACAAAUUAAACAAGAAUGCAAUCCCGCCAAGAUACAGGUCCCAUAAAAAUAUUAGGUUAAAGGAAAUACUAUGAAACAUCCCUAUCAAUGUUGUUGGCUUAAGACAGCAGUGGUUACAGAGAAGAAUCAAAGUAAAAUACUACAUUGUAUUAUUCUAGAUAUUUCUCUUUGACUUAGUUGUCAAAACAAUUUUCAAUGAAAUUAGGAGAUCCAUUUGAUGUGUAGAGUGCUUAUUUCUCAUAGAUUUCAAGAAUUAAAUAGGAUUCUUCAAAUUCUAAAUAAGUUUAAAACUCUGGAUCAGUACCUCGACAAUCGAAGGAAUAGAGCAAUAGCUUUUCUGGCACUUGGAAACAAGGGUUCCCUGAUGUCAUUCAGUAAACGUACAAAAAGACCAGAAAUGAGAGAAGUGAUUCCCAACAUGAUUCCAUGAAAACACAUUCUAAUUUUGAUUUUGGAGCUGAGUAGAGUAAUCCAUCCAUUCACCUUCCUGAAUUUACUCCGAAAUUACUAUCGUCAGUAAUUAAAUUCAGAUUAAGACUAACUUGUUGUGCUAAAGUUUUAAUUGUGGAUAAUGAUCAUUAUAGCGUUUUCUCUUUGUAGAAAGUCUUGGAAAAAUACAACAUUAAAUGCGAUAAGGCCUUCAAUGGUAUCGAUGCUCAAAAAUUGAUAGAGAAUAAGUAGAUCAAGCCUUGUCAUUGUGGAAACAAGUCUUAUCUGUUAUUUUUUAUUGAGUUUUACUUGCCAGUAUUAAAAUUUGUAGAUGUUAUUAGAUCUUAUCGGGGAUAGAGUUGGUGCGAUCUUUAAAGGAGCAAAUGAGGAAUAGCUUGAUAGAUAAGGGUUAUGUGAUAAUAAUUGCUACGUUUGUGGAUUUGAAUCAGAAAUUGGAAUGCUUUAAAAAUGGAGCAGAUUAUUUUAUUGCCAAGCCGUUCGAUUUGUUGGAUAUCGGGGCAGCAGUUUAAUAUUUAGAUUUUUGA